AUGGAAACGGCCCGGAGGGAGUCUCAGAUCGAGACAAUGGUUCGACGGAACGAGCUAGAGGUUCUCGGCACCAUUGCAUCGAUACAAGCACCGAAUGCUGGGCCACGGCGACCGCCAUAUUUCCCGGAUCGGAGGUUCUACACUUCUCAGCACAGAAGACUCCUGCGCUUUGAGAAAAAACAUCUGUCGCUGACUGCGGCUACUGUCGUCGGUUCGGCACGGAAGCCCAAGCUUUUGGGCAUAACAAACCAAGUAAGUCAUCCGCCAUUCGUUCUGUACCGAUCUGUUUUAUGGAAAAUCACCUUGUCACCGCUGUUAUUCCACUAG